AUGCGUGUACGUCUGGAUCAAGAGGCCAGCUCUAGGCUACCACUGCGCCCAGCAUCAAUGACACAGCGCUCAAGUACCUCAGACAAGAAGCUAAAAGGACUGAAGGCUUCGCUUCUGAUACCUGGCCGUGGAGAACCCAUCAGAAAUGGCGCACUUGUGAUUGACGGCCCGAAAAUCGCUUGGGUCGGUGAACAGUCCGCCAUUCCGAACAAGUAUCAAGAUGUUGAAUUCAAUGAGGUCCCGGUGCUGAUGCCAGGUCUUUGGGAUUGCCAUACGCAUUACUCCGGAAUGGAAGACGAUAGCGAUAAUAUACAGAAUUUCUUCGGCUCUCCUGCAUUGCAAGGCGCACGAGCUGCUAAGGAGCUCGAAACAACGUUACUGGCUGGAUUUACCACGAUACGCGAAGUAGGGGGAAUCGCAGGAGAGAUUUGGCCUGCUAUAAAAAAGGGUACCCUCGUUGGCCCAAAUGUCUACUCCAGCAUUGGUGUUUUGGGUAUAACCGGUGGUCAUUCGGAUAUCCACGAUGUACCACUCGAUGUGGUUACUGCCAGGCGAAGCACCGGAACUUACGUGGUAUGUGAUGGUGUUUCAGACUGCGUCAAGACUGUCCGUUUGAUGGUACGCAGAGGAGCGACACUAAUCAAGAUCUGCGCAACUGGCGGUGUGGGCUCUUUGCUAGACGAUCCAGAGGAUGCCCAAUUCUCGCCGGAAGAAAUAAAAGCGAUGGUUGAUGAGGCAGCACGUACGAAGAGGAUAGUUGCGGCACACUGCCAUGGGAAAGAAGGUAUCCUGAAUGCUUUGAAUAAUGGUGUACACACAAUUGAACAUGGCAGUUACCUAGAUGAGGAAGUUGCUGCAUUGAUGAAGGAAAAGAACGCUAUUCUCGUUUCGACUAGAUUGAUUGUUGAAGAGGGCCUCAAAAACCCCAGUAUUUUCCCACCAACGAGCUACCAAAAGCUACUCAAGGUUAGCGAGGCACAUAGGAAAGCCUAUGCAUUGGCCAUCAAGUCUGGGGUCAAGGUCGUACUCGGUACAGACUGGACAGCUGGCGAAAAUGGAAAGGAACUUGCUUAUGCAGUGGAAGCUGGUAUGUCUCCACUGGAGGCUAUUGAAGCUUCCACAGCACGGUGUCCGGAGACACUAGGCUCCCAUUUUGCGCCUUUGUCGGGGCAAUUGAAGGAAGGAUAUGACGCAGAUGUGAUAGCUGUGGCGAGCAAUCCAUUGGAUGAUAUCAAUAUUUUGGGAGAGCCAGAAAGAAUCACUCAUGUGUGGAAGGGAGGAAAACUAUAUAAAGGGUCACUUUAA